GUGGGAGUGAUAAAGAAGCAAAAUGAGUGGCAUUCAACAGAAUCGCAAACCACAUCAAGAAAGAGCUCUUGCGACUCUCCUCGCUCUUCUCCGCCAUGCCUAUCGCAGUGGCUCCGGUGGCUGCCAAGCCCCUUCCUACGGUUCGUGCCGUGACUAUGCCCGCCAAUAUCGUCUGCAAUGCUUUUCCUGCUUGUUCGUCGGUGUUCAGCAACCGCAAUAAGGUUUCGUUGCGAAAUCGGAGAAACGCGCCGAUGUUUGGGACUGUGGUAAAGUGUGUUGGUGGUGGCGCAGUGAGGGAGAUUGACGAAACCCAGUUCAACGACGUCGUGUUGAAGUCGGAACGCCCGGUCCUCGUUGAGUUUGUUGCCACGUGGUGCGGUCCCUGCCGUCUGAUAGCUCCCGCGGUUCAAUCGCUUGCUCAGGAAUAUCAAGACAAACUGGUAGUUGUGAAAGUUGACCAUGAUUCAAACCCUCGACUCAUUGAGGAAUACAAGGUAUAUGGAUUGCCAGCAUUGAUUUUCUUCCGGAACGGACAGGAAGUUCCGGGGAGCAGGAGGGAGGGUGCAAUAACAAAAGCUAAACUUAAGGAGUAUGUAGAUAAACUUCUGGAGUCAGCAUCUAUUGUUUAGUCUUCUCAGAUUUGCUGCUGUCUGUGACUGCAUAUCCAUAGCAUUUACGAGAAAUAUUUAGACGCUGAUAAAAAAAAUCAUACUUUUUGUACACUGUAUUGCAAUUCAUGUCGUAUAUUAAUUGAGCUGUCCAUAGGCAAAAAGUCCAUAACUGUAAUAUUUGACUAAUGUCCCCAUUUAUGUGUUUCAUUUCUUUGUAGCUAAAUAACGUUCACUGUAAAAGAGAACCUUAUAGAGAAACUUUAUCUGCAAUUGGUGCUUAGACUAUAACAA